AAAAAAAAAAAAAAAAAAAAAAACAAACUAAACCGAAACCGAAACAGAAUAUUGCACGCUACAGAAGGAAAAUACAAGACAGAACACACGCCACACGAGACACACGCCCCAAGACACACGAGACACGAUACAAAUGCUAAAAUGUCGCUACCCAACGAACAGACAACCGAGCACCCAUCAUCCACAGCCACAGCCAGCACACCAUCCACAGGCACAUCAACACCAUAUACAACACCAUCCACAACCACAAACACAACACCCAAUGAGCUGAAACACCGACUGACGCCGCUCAAUGUGCGACGCCUGUCCGGCUAUGCCAAUCCGCAAACGGUGGACGAUGCAACGUUCGAUCAUGCAACGGGAGGAGCGGCAGCAGCGAUCAAUGAUGAUCCGCCACCCAUCACAAUCAACAUGAAUAUGAACAACAACAACAAUAAUAAUAAUAAUAGUAGCUACAGCAACAACAAUAAUAAUACAAACAACAAAAACACAACAACAACAACAACAACGCCACCAUCCGCAUAUGCCACACCACCAAUAUACCAACAACAAUUGUCCACACUGACAGCAACCACGCCCCUAGAUGUUGUGGCAUCGGAUGAUAAAUAUAAAUUGUUUACCAUUUUCAAUGGAAACGAUCCCGACAAUGAGAAGUUGUCGGGCCUACCACAUUCGACAACUGGUUCACUAAGCUCAAUCAUCACGACGUCCAUAGCAUCCUCCGAACCGGAUCCUGGUGCGGCGAGUGCUGGCGGCGGAGGUGCAGGAAGCGGCGGCGGCGGCGGUGGAGGCGGCCCCAAUGGCGGCCCCCUGGUGGCAGCAGACGCGGCCAGCAUCGCUGGCAUCAAUGGCAGUUCCGAGGAGAAGCUGGCACUCAACCGGCCGGGUAUCAAGCAGGAGAAAUGGACAACGAUCCUGCUGCAGGUCUCCAUACCGUUCUUCCUGGCCGGCAUCGGAACCAUCGGGGCUGGCAUUGUGCUGGGAAAAGUCGAGAAAUGGUAUGUCUUUAAGAACGUGAGCGAGCUGUUUAUCCUGGUGCCGGCGCUGUUGGGUCUGAAGGGAAAUCUGGACAUGUGCCUCGCGUCGCGCCUCUCGACGCAAGUGAAUCUGGGGAAUAUGACGAGCCGGCAGAAUGUGGUGCGAAUGAUUGUGGGGAAUAUAGCAUUGGUGCAGGUCCAGGCCAUCGUGGCCUCCUUUCUGGUGGCCAUGUUCGCCGUGAGUGUGGGUGCGGCCAUGACCGGAGAGUUCUACUUUGAGAAUGUGAUGCUGCUGACGGCCUCGGCCAUGUUCACGGCCACCUCGUCGUGCUUUGUGUUGGAUUUCGUUUUGGUGGCUGUGAUCCUGUUCUCGCAGAAGUACCAACUGAAUCCGGACAACCUGGCCACACCGCUGGCCGCCUCCAUCGGGGAUGUGGUUUCCAUAAGUCUGCUCUCGUUCAUUGCCUCUCUGCUGUAUGAGAACAUAAAGACCCAUCUGUGGAUCACUUUCAUUGUGGUCACCUGCUAUCUGGUGCUGUUGCCCAUGUGGGUGCUGAUUGUGAUGCGGAACGAGUACACGCGCCCGGUGCUGAAGAGCGGCUGGGUGCCAGUGCUGUCGGCUCUCUGCAUAAGUGGACUGGGUGGGCUCGUGUUGGAUGCUGCCGUGGAGGUAUUCGAUGGCUUUGUGGUCUUUCAGCCGAUCAUCAAUGGAAUUGGCGGGAAUCUGGUGUCGGUGCAGGCCAGCAAGAUAUCCACAAUGCUGCAUCAGAGCUCAAUUAUUGGCAUUAUACCACCGCACACAAAGAUCUGGGAGUGGCCCUGGAAGGCGUUGUUCAAAGGAGUUCCCUACGCAAAGACGGCAAGGAUACUCAUUGCCAUGUCCAUACCGGGCAACAUACUGUUUAUCUUUACGGCUGACUACCUAAAUAUGCACGCCUCGACGGUGUCCUGGGUUUUUGUGGUCUCCUAUCUGUUGGCCAGUUUUAUUCAGGUAACGCUGCUGCUGUACAUUGCCCACAUCAUUGUGCACGCGAUGUGGAAGUGGAAGAUCGAUCCGGACAAUUCGGCCAUACCCUAUCUGACGGCGCUGGGCGAUCUGCUGGGCAGCAGUCUGUUGGCCGUCGCGUGGAUCUUUACCAUGUCCGUGGGAAUGCAGUAUGGAUCUGGGGUGGAGAAUGCACUGAAUGCACCCAACUAGAAGGGGAUCUUUCCCUCUAAACUCUAAACUAAUGCAAUAGAAGCCACAGAAAAACGAAAAGAAAGCAGCCGCAACUCGAUAUAAAGAACUGUUAUGUACCUAAAGUGAAAAAGAAACAUAGAAAUCCUAGAAAUUGUAUGUAUAGACCUUUCCCCC